UCCUGGUUACUUUGCAAGGAUGAAUGUGGGCGUGGCUCACAGCGAGGUGAACCCAAACACGCGGGUGAUGAACAGCCGGGGAAUCUGGCUGGCCUACCUGCUGCUCACCACUGUCCUGCAUGUCGUCUUACUCAGCAUCCCUUUCUUCAGUGUUUCUGUGGUGUGGACACUCACCAAUGUCAUACACAACCUGGCCAUGUAUUUGUUUUUGCACACGUUGAAAGGCACUCCGUUCGAGACGCCAGACCAGGGCAAGGCACGCUUGCUCACUCACUGGGAACAGAUGGACUACGGCAUCCAGUUCACAGCAUCGAGAAAGUUCCUCACCAUCUCACCCAUUGUAUUGUACAUUCUGGCCAGCUUCUACACCAAAUAUGAUACCACCCACUUCCUAGUCAACACAGGCUCAUUACUAAGUGUACUUCUUCCCAAGUUGCCACAAUUUCAUGGAGUCCGUCUGUUUGGCAUAAACAAAUACUGAUAUUACACUUCAACCCCACAAAUGGAGAGGAAUAUAACAUCAUUGACAGAUGUUCCAUCACACUCCACAAGAUGCUUCCUUGAUCCGUAGCCUUAAGGCCUUAAGGAAACAAAACUGAACUGAACUGGUCUCAAGUAAACUAUUUAAAAACAAGGCCUUUCAUGCUCAGGAUUAUUCAAUCUGUGGCAUCUUCUGUCUGUAAUUUCUUUACAUCGUCAUCAUUUCUAAAUUCAUCACAUUCUCUCAGGGAUGCAUUCUGCGUAACAGACAAAUGCCAUUCCAUCGUCUGCUGAAAUUCAUUUUAUUAUGAUCAUAUAUACAUAAGCCAUUUUUCCUAUAGUGCCUCAUUACAACUUUGGUAAUAAUAGGAGAUAUGCAAGAUGUUACAUGUCUCAUCAGACUUAUCCCCAAACUACUUACAUGAAGGCUUGUAUCGAAUGCUGUUUUGAUUAUGAAUUGUUUUGUGUCGCAAUUUAAUUUGCUCGAAAGGUGCAGGAUAAGCAUCUGCAAUAAUGUGUGAAUGUGAUGGUAAACAAUCUUCUAAUUUCUGUUGAAGUGAUCUUUCAAAGUUCACUGUUCAGAUGUUUGCUUAGAUUAGACUCCUUAGAACUUUAUUUAUUUUGUUGGUUUUAACAUCAUGACAAAAAUUCCAACUUGAAGUAAUUGCCAUAAUCCUUCUCUAAACUGUGUCAGAACAUUCCACAUAUGUACAUGUCAAUGUGGAUCAUGUUUGUUCACAUAAAGAUGUUGUUGAUGCCGUGUAUGUUAACAUAAAAGCAAUUUAAUCAUAAGUCUAAAUUUUCAAUUUUUUAG